GAACAUUGAACAGAGUGGUCUACGAGUUCCUGAACUACCCCGUCUUCUCUUGUUCCCUCAGCUCGCCAUCCGUCCACCAGUCUCAGGACCCUGCUCACCUACCAUGGAGAACGUGGCAAUAUUUGACUCACCUGGGAAGGGGAGGGGAUUGAAGGCCACCAAGGAGUUUUGGGCCGGAGACGUCAUCUUUUCUGAGCCCAGCAUUUCAGCUGUUGUGUUUGACAGUCUAGCGGAGCGUAUUUGCCACAGCUGUUUCCGCAGGGGAGAAAAGCUCCAGAGGUGCGGCCAGUGCAAAUUUGCCCACUAUUGCGACCGAACUUGCCAGCGGGCCGGCUGGGCCGAACACAAGCUAGAGUGCGGUGCCAUAAAAGCUUUUGGCAAAGCUCCAAAUGAAAGCAUCCGCCUGGUGGCCCGCGUCAUGUGGCGUCUUGAUAAAGAGGGGAGCGUGGUGUCUGACAUGCAGCUGACCACCCUGGACGAGCUGGAGGACCACAUUGCUGACAUGCAGGAGGAUGAGCUCAAGGAGUUCAAAGUGGACAUCCACAACUUCCUGGAUUACUGGCCCCGUACCAGCAGGCAGCACACAAUCGACGACAUCUCGCACAUGUUCGGACUGAUCAACUGUAACGGUUUCACUGUGAGUGACCAGAGGGGCCUUCAGGCCGUCGGAGUCGGCCUUUUCCCAAACUUGUGCCUCGUGAACCACAACUGCUGGCCCAACUGCACCGUAAUCCUCAACCACGGCAAUCAAUCGGCUGUGAAUACUAUGUUUCACUCUCAACGGAGGAUCGAGCUGCGUUCUUUGGGUAAGAUCGCGGAGGGAGAGGAGCUCACAGUCGCCUACGUGGACUUCAUGAAUUUGACGGAGGAGCGACAGAGACAGCUCAAAACACAAUACUUCUUCGACUGCACGUGCGAGCACUGCGAGAAACGAAUCAAAGACGAUCUGAAGCUGGGGGGAAGGGAGGUGGACGGAGUCAAGCCUUCAGAGGAGCAGGUGAAAGAGGCAACCGACUAUUGCUUUGAAAUGCUGGAGAAGAUGGACAAGGCCAGAUUAAAUGGUGACUACCAUGAGGUGGUAAAAAUCUGCAGGGAGUGCAUCAACAAGACGGAGCCGGUUCUGGCUGACACUCACAUCUACCUGCUGAGAAUGUGGAGCACGAUGAGCGAAGUCCAAGCGUACCUGCAGUAUUUCGACGAAGCUGCGGAAUACGCUCGCAAAAUGGUGGAGGGAUACAUGAAGCUGUACCACCCAAAUAACGCUGCUCUGGGCAUGGCUGCCAUGAGGGCGGGGGUGACCCACUGGCAGGCUGGGGACAUAGAGGUCGGACACGGGAUGAUCUGCAAAGCCUACGCCAUUCUCAUGGUCACCCACGGCCCAACGCAUCCCAUCACCAAGGACCUGGAGGCGAUGCGUUUGCAGACAGAGAUGGAGCUGAGGAUGUUCAAACAGAACGAGUACGUGUACCACAGUAUGAGAGAGGCAGCUCUGAAAAACAAGCCGAUGACCAUGCUGCACGAGCCCAAGUCUGUGGAGGAGGGCAUCAAGAAUCUCUUCCACAGGAGGAAGUGAUCACGGUGGAUUUGAGAGAGAAGCAUCGCAAUCUUUUACCGGCAACACAUCUGAGUGUUUGAGAGUCUACACAAGUGGUAACCAUUUUCUGUAUUGUUCACAUUUUUGUAGUCACUAAACUUUUCAUUAAAACCCUUAUACUGGC